UAAGAUUAAAAAGAGAGAGUGUUUUUUUAGAGAGAGAGAGAGAGAGAGAGAGUGUGAAGAAAAAGGGCAUUGGGAAAAGAGAAGAGAAGAGAAGAGAAGAGAGAAAGAGAAGAAGAGCAGAGAAAGAGAGAGAGAAAAAAAAAAGUAAAAAAGAUAAGAAAGCAAGCAAGCAAAAAAGGACUUGUCUGGAGAUUGUAGGGGAAAACUGGGGGCAGAAUUUCAGCAUUUGGUCUCUGUGAAACUCAACAUACACCACCCACAACUCCUCUUUCUCUCUCUCUCUACAAAAAAUAUAUAUAUAUAUAUAUUUAUAUAUAUUUUUUCUCUUUUUUGCCCUCACUUGUCGGCUCUCCCUUUUCCGGCGACCUAUAGCCUCCAUUUUUGACUGGUGUUUCUGCUUUGGUUUUGGUUGGAGCUGAUCUGAUGCUUUUUUUAUUUUUUUCAGCUGAGCUUUUGAUUUCAGCUUUUAGAAAUGAAUCGUUGAUAAAUUUUUAUCCGAUCAUUUCUUGAAAACCAAAAAGAGAGAGAGAGAGAGAGAGAGAGAGAGAGAGAAGGAAAAUAGUUUGGCGGAGAAAGACAAUGAAGACGCCGGCGAAUGGUGCCACGUCAGCAUCCAAUUCCUGCGAAGGAGGAGAGAAGAAGAGCAUAAACCCAGAGCUAUGGCAGGCAUGCGCAGGGCCGCUGGUGAACCUACCGCCGGCUGGGACCCACGUCGUCUACUUCCCUCAAGGCCACAGUGAACAGGUGGCAGCUUCUAUGAAGAAGGAUGUGGAUGCACAAAUCCCAAACUACCCAAAUCUUCCCUCAAAGCUACUUUGUCUCCUUCACAAUGUUACUCUGCAUGCGGAUCCAGAAACAGAUGAAGUUUAUGCUCAGAUGACACUUCAGCCGGUUCCUUCUUUUGACAAGGAGUCAUUGUUGAGAUCUGAUCUUGCACUCAAGACAAAUAAACCGCAACCAGAUUUUUUCUGCAAAACAUUGACAGCAAGUGAUACAAGCACUCAUGGAGGGUUCUCCGUGCCACGCCGUGCAGCAGAGAAAAUUUUCCCUCCUCUUGAUUUCUCCAUGCAACCACCUGCUCAAGAACUUAUUGCUAGGGAUUUGCAUGAUAAUGUAUGGACUUUCCGCCAUAUCUAUCGUGGACAACCAAAACGUCAUUUGCUUACGACUGGAUGGAGCCUAUUUGUUAGUGGAAAGAGGCUUUUUGCUGGUGACUCUGUUUUAUUCAUUAGGGAUGAAAAGCAGCAGCUUCUAUUGGGCAUUAGACGGGCUAACAGGCAACCCACCAAUCUAUCAUCAUCAGUAUUGUCAAGUGAUAGUAUGCAUAUAGGGAUUCUGGCAGCAGCAGCUCAUGCUGCAGCAAACAAUAGCCCCUUCACUGUGUUUUAUAAUCCCAGGGCAAGUCCUUCAGAGUUUGUUAUCCCAUUAGCCAAGUACUACAAGGCUGUCUAUAGCAACCAAAUAUCACUUGGCAUGCGCUUUCGAAUGAUGUUUGAAACAGAAGAGUCAGGAACAAGAAGGUAUAUGGGUACAAUUACAGGUAUCAGUGAUCUUGAUCCUGUUAGAUGGAAGAACUCACAGUGGCGUAAUUUGCAGGUUGGUUGGGAUGAGUCAACAGCUGGGGAAAGGCGUAACCGGGUGUCAAUCUGGGAAAUUGAACCAGUGACUGCUCCAUUUUUUAUCUGUCCCCCUCCAUACUUCAGAUCAAAGCGUCCAAGGCAACCAGGAAUGCCAGAUGAUGAAUCAUCAGAUUUAGACAAUUUAUUCAGGAGGACAAUGCCUUGGAUUGGUGAUGAUAUCGGCAUGAGAGAUCCUCAGGCUCUGCCUGGUUUAAGUUUAGUCCAGUGGAUGAACAUGCAGCAAAACCCUUCCCUGGCUAACACGAUACAGCCAAAUUACAUGCAUUCCAUGUCCGGAUCUGUUUUGCAAAACCUUUCUGGCACAGAUCUUUCCCGUCAAUUAGGCUUGUCUGCACCACAAAUACCUCAGACAAACAACAUGCAGUUCAAUUGCCAGAGGCUACCUCAGCAAGCACAACAGCCUGACCAUCUCCCAAAGCCACCGUCCACAUUGAAUCCAUUAGGAUCUGUUAUUCAAUCACAGCAACAGUUAGGUGAUAUUACUCAACAAUCUAGGCAAAAUGUGGUAAAUCAAACUCUACCUUCAAGUCAAGUUCAAGCCCAAAUGCUGCAGCCUCAGUCACUAGUCCAAACUAAUAAUAUCCUUCAGCAGCAGCCAUCUGUUCAAAACCACCAGCCUCAUAGAAGUGUUAAUCAGAACCUGCAGCCGCAGCAGCAUCAACAACAGCAUCAACAACAAAGUAUGGGUCAGAAUCAGCAGCAAAACCUUAUUCAACCGCAGCUGCCUGACCAAGUAAACCAACAGUUGCAAAUGUCUGAAAAUCAGAUUCAAAUUCAACUAUUUCAGAAGCUUCAACAGCAGCAGCAGCAGCAAUCACUUCUAGCACAGCAGUCAGCUCUGCAACAGCCUGCUCAAUUUACACAACUCCAAGAUCCACAGAGGCAGCUGUUUGAUAUGUCGCAGAACUUCUCUAGGCCUCUGACACCCACCCAAAUUCUAGAGGUCCCUCAAGCAACCUCAACAUCACUCCCUCAGUCAAUCCCACAUCAGAUGACAAGGAAUAACAGCCACACAAAUAUUCGGUUCUCUCAUCCACCGCAGCAGCCAAAGCUUCAACAUCAGCAAUCUGGUGUACUGCCUGAAAUAUCUGGUCACAUGGGACUUCCCCUACCCCCAACAACUAAUCAGCUAUCUACAGCUGGUAGCAGCAUAGUAACAGGAACUGCUGGAGCUGGGCAGUCUGCAAUUACUGAUGAUCUUCCAUCUUGUUCCACUUCACCUUCCACAAACAACUGCCCCAAUGUGGUUCAGCCAGUGAUGAAUGGCAUGCCCCAUCGAAGUACAGCUAUGGGGGAGGACAUGGCUCAUUCUGCUGCCACAAUCUUGUGUCCAAGUGCCUUGGAAACCAUUUCAUCUAAUGCUAACUUGGUUAAAGAUUUGCAGCAAAAGUCUGAUGUGAAGCCUUCAUUGAACAUCUCUAAGAAUCAAAAUCAAGGAUUUUUUGCUCCACAAACAUACCUGAAUGGUGCUGCUGCCCAGACAGAUUACUUGGACACAUCAUCGUCAACAACUUCAGUUUGCCUUUCACAGAAUGAUGUCCAUUUACAGCAGAAUAACAACCCAGUGUCCUUCAAUCCACAAUCAUUGUUGUUCAGAGACACCAGUCAGGAUGGGGAAGUUCAGGCAGAUCCUAGGAAUAGUGUUCCCUAUGGGAAUAACAUUGAAAGUCAGCUAGGGAUUCCCAUGAACCCUGAUCCGUUGUUAGCAAAGGGCAUGACAGGGUUAGGGAAAGAUAUCCACAAUAAUUUCUCUUCAGGAGGCAUAAUUACAAACUAUGAAAACUCAAAAGAUGCUCAACAGGAACUUUCAUCCUCAAUGGUUUCCCAGUCUUUUGGAGUUCCCGAUAUGACAUUUAACUCAAUUGAUUCCACAAUAAAUGAUAGCAGCUUCUUGAACAGAGGUCCUUGGCCCCCCCCACCACAGUUUCAGCGAAUGAGGACAUAUACCAAGGUUUACAAACGUGGAGCCGUGGGGAGAUCCAUUGAUAUCUCGCGAUAUUCAGGUUAUGAUGAGCUUAAACAUGGUCUGGCUCGAAUGUUCGGCAUAGAGGGACAGUUGGAAGAUAGACAAAGAGUAGGUUGGAAACUUGUCUAUGUAGAUCAUGAAAGUGAUGUUCUCCUAGUGGGAGAUGACCCUUGGGAAGAGUUUGUGAACUGUGUCCGCUGCAUCAAGAUCCUGUCUCCACAAGAAGUCCAGCAAAUGAGCUUGGAUGGAGAUUUUGGAAGUGGCGUCCUUCCAAACCAAGCCUGCAGCAGCUCAGAUGGGGGAAAUGCUUAAUGUAGUCUACCUAAAUCCUAACGAUUCUUCUUCCAGGUUGGGAGCUUAUAAAGUUCAUAGUAAUCUCAUCAUAGCUUUCAAUAUGGCAUGUAAUUGCCUGCCACAACUGGAUUUCCCAGUCACUCAUGCACAUUGAAGAAGUGAGCGAGCCUUCACCAGUUUGAGUGGCUCUCUUCUAAAAUUUUGGCACGUUUCAGAAAGCAUGACAGAGGGCUGGGAAACAGGGGAAAAAAAGAGAAGUUUUCUCUCCAGGCAGAAUACUCUUAUUGGCCUGAGUUUUGUUCCAGGAGGGUGAAUUUCCAGACUAGUAAAGAAGCCACUGUGCUCAUCCAUAUGAUGCUUUUGUAAGAUCAGCACUAAAUUAGUUUGCCUAAAGAUAUUAGUAUUUGAAAUUCUGCCACUCGGGCACUGUAAAAAGAGAAAGCAUGAGAUUGUAAGGCCUAGUUUCGAGUGUAUAAAUUUGUAGAUUUCCUCAAUCCUUCAAUGAAAUUGCUUAAUAUAAAAUUUGGGGUGUGAAAA